GAAACCUGUCGUCGGAGCGCAGCCAUGGACGUGCUUCCCGCCGAGGUCGAGCAGGGCAACGUCGAGUACAAAGUCCAGCUGCUCAACCCGUCGCCAGAGCGCUUCCAGCACCUCGUGACGCAAAUGAACUGGCGCCUCAACGAAGGUCACGGCGAAGCCUUUUACGAAAUGGGCGUCUCGGACGGCGGUCGCAUCGUGGGCAUGUCUCCGGAAGACCUCGAGAUGAGCCUCGCCACGCUCUACCGUAUGUGCCAAGUGCUCGGUGCUGAAAUGCGCCUCGUCACGCUUCGCGACGGCAACGAGCCCGGGCGCAAGGCCGCGCGGGUGUGCAUCUCGCGCAUCGCCGACACGCAUGCGAAGAAGCAAGUGCGAGUGUCGGUGAUUGGCAGUGUCGAGAGCGGCAAGUCGACGCUCAUCGGGGUCCUCACCCGCGGCUGCCUCGACGACGGCCAUGGGCUAGCGCGUAUGCAAGUCUUCCGCCACUUGCACGAGGUAGAGGACGGGCGGACGUCGAGCAUCAGCGAGCAGAUUAUGGGCGUGACCAAGGACGGCAAGAUUUGUAAAUUCAACACGCUCGAGAGCCGCCACGCAUCCAGCAUCGAGUCCCAGAGCCACAAGCUCGUGAUGUUUAGCGACCUCGCGGGCCACGAACGCUACCUCAAGAUCACGGCCACGGGCCUGACGAGUCAGUUUCCCGACUACGCCAUGCUGGUCGUCGACGCGACCCAAGGCGUGCAGCAGAUGACGCGCGAGCACCUUCAGAUCGUGCUGGGCCUCGACGUCGCCGUCUUUGUUGUCGUCACCAAGGCCGACGUGGCGGCCGCGGCGAGGAUAGCGGCGACGGUCGCCGAAGUCCAAUCGCUUCUCGAGGUAACGAUUACCGGAUGUACCGGAGCGCCUGAUCGACGUGCUAUAGUCGAUGAAGAACGCGUCGCACGUGCUGGCUCGGUGCCCAUCUUUAUCGUCUCGAGCGUCACAGGGGCCUCGUUACCGCAGCUGCAGACGUUCUUGGCAUCGAUUCUGCCCACGCGCGUGUGGACGUCCCGUGACGAGUGCUCGGCCGAGGUGCACUUGAGUGGGUAUUAUGACACCGAGGCUGGCAGCAUCGUGACGGGUCUCGUCAAGAGUGGCACGGUGAGUGUUGGCGACUCGCUCUUGCUCGGCCCGACCGCCACCGGCGCUUUCUACGGCGUGCACGUCAAGAGCAUCGAAGUCCAGCGAACCCCCGCGAAGCGCAUCUUUGCAGGCCAAGCCGGCGCACUUCUGUUGAGCAUCAACUCGGCGAUUGACUUUUCCAUGAUGCGCAAAGGCAUGAUGCUCGUGCACCCGAGCUUGAGUCCCAUUGCGACGCGGCAGUUUGACGCCGAAGUCCAGCUCGUCAACGAAAGCGUCGUGCUCAAGGAGAACGUGCAAGGCGUCAUUCACGCGGGCCCGAUCCAGCAAACGGCCAAGAUUGUGCGCGUUGCGUAUGCGAAGGACGUGUGCCACCUCCGCUUUGAGUUUGUAUAUUGCUCAGAGUACUUGCGCCCGGACCUGCCGCUCGUGUUUCGCGCCAGCCGCACGCACGCGGUCGGCAAGGUCGUCGGCGCCGUCCACGUUGCCGUCAAGGGUGUUGCGUAA